AUGCCUCAAAGGAAUGUGGUUUCAUGGAAUGCUUUGAUUGCAGGAUAUGCACACAAUGCGUUUGCCAAAAAGAUUUACAAACUUUCAACUGUGAUUGGCAGGUAUAAAGAUAAACUCCUCAAAGUUUGGCAGCACCCUCUCAACUUGUGUGAAAAUGGAGCUUUGGAACAGGGUGGAAAUUCAAUCCAUCAAAGGAUAAAUGAUAGACGAAGUCUGUUAGAUGUUUUGAUAAUAGUGGUGGGAGCAGGGAUGUCAGGAAUAAUGGUAGCCAAGACGUUGUCGGAUAAUGGAGUGAAGGAUUUUGUAAUUCUGGAAGUGACAAAUAGAAUUGGGGGGAAAAUGUACAAGGAGUCAAUUGCAGGUUAUACUGUAGAGAAAGGAGCCAACUGGGUGGAGGGCGUGGGAGGUACCAAAAUGAAUCCCAUUUGGCCUCUCGCCAACAAGUACAAGUUGGGUUAAUUUCUUUUCGAUUGGAGCAAUCUCAGUUAUAAUAUCUAUGGCCAGGAGGGAGAUAUUCUGCCUCAGUCUGCUGUGGCGCGCCCUUAAAAGUUAGCUUCAAUAUCAUCUGAUUUCAGUUCAAAUCUGUCCACAUUGUUGCAAAAGAGCGGAGGGGAAGACAUUUCUAUUUUGGCUUCACAGAGGACCUUUGGACAUGUUCCCAUCACACCGUUGGAGAUGGCUAUCGAUUUCUUCUUGUACGACUUUGAAAUUGCAGAGCCUCCGAGAGUGACAAGCUUGAAGAAUGUGGAGCCCAAUCCUACUUUCGAGGAAUUUGGAGAAGAUGAGUAUUUUAUUGCAGACAGUCGAGGUUACGAAUACAUUGUUCAUAGGAUAGCCCAGGAAUUUCUCCACUCUGCUAAUGGAUCUAUUUCAAACCCACGUCUGAAGCUCAACAAGGUUGUUAGAAAAAUUGAAUACCAGACAGACAAGGGUGUGAAGGUUUGAACAGAGGACGGUACAGUUUAUACCGCAGAGAACGCCAUUGUAUCAGUCAGUGUGGGGGUUCUUCAAACAAAACUCAUCGAAUUAAAACCUGACUUGCCUCUUUGGAAACUCAUGGCAAUAUACAAGUGGGAUUUGGUGAUUUACUGCAAGAUCUUCAUGAAGUUCCCCUCCAAGUUCUGGCCCAAUGGACCUGGCACUGAGUUCUUCAUGUAUGCUCAUGAGAAAAGAGGUUACUACCCUGUUUUUCAACAUUUGGAAAAUGAAUACCCGGAAGGAAAUCUGCUAAUGGUGACAGUUACAGACGAUGAAGCCCGGAGGAUAGAACACCAGCCUGACAAGGAAACCAAAGCCGAAAUAAUGUCAAUUCUCAGAAAGAUGUUUGGCAAUCACAUUCCUGAAAUGGAAGCGAUUUUGAUUCCCAGAUGGGGUCAAGAUCGGUUCUACAAGGGAACUUAUUCCAACUGGCCUAUAGGAGCAUCCGUACACGACUUUUCGAGAUAACAGGCACCAGUUGGGGCAGUGUAUUUCACUGGAGAGCAUACCAGUCAGGAAUACAACGGUUAUGUCCACAAUGCCUAUCUUGCAGGUAUUCUAUGA